CAGUUCAUUAACGCAAACAGGACUGCGUAUAUGUUUAUAGUGCGCGUGAGGUAAACGCGCGUGGAAUAGCACAAACGUUAUCACGUGACGCGAACAGCACGUCAAAACCAAAGCUGACUGACGAAGCUGAUUAUCCAAGAGAAAGCGUGAAGCAGACAAGAGAACGGCAGUUCGUAUGUAUCUGUGAAAAAUUUCCUUAUCAACUAUGUUGUGUGAUUUCGCUUGCCAGUUGUAUACUGUGUUGUCGUAGGCCUACAUGGUUAGCGGUGUGGGAGGAGAUCAACUUGGAGCUUCACCAGAGUCUCGGUAAAAACCCCUACACACUCACCAGAGGCAAUCACGGCUGCGCAGCCGUUUUUCAAGAUGCAAGUAAUUUAAACGUAAAAAAUAACUUCAUUGAUAUAUUUCUUAAAGUGCCUGUGUUGUAUAACGUCUUGGCGUCUGUGGAAUAUAUUUCAAAUUUCUAUGGAGAUAUAUUUUAUGUGAAAAAAAGUCAAUUUAGUGAUAUUCUAAUUGCAUCAUAAAGUGCAUAUGGAAUUGAAUAUACUGUUAUAAAAGUUGUUUACAAAUAACACGCUUGGAUUUAUACCACGUAUAUCUUGUCAAUAAUGGCCUCGGGAACAGGAAGCGAGGAUGCGAAGGCUUCCCUCACAGGACAAAAGAAGAAAAGUGUACAGAUAAUUGAUAAUAGGGACGAAAUCAUUGAAGUUACGGAGAAACACGGACCACUGUACAAUGCUAUCCCGUGUAUGCCGAUCGGAGCAGCGGCCGUUUGUUGUAUUUUAAACAUUCUCGUACCAGGACUAGGUACGUUUAUCUCAUCCUUCACUGUGUUCUGUGGUGCCACGACCAGGGUUGGUAAACGGGUCCACGCAUUUGUCCUCAACCUCCUCGCGGCGCUCCUACAAAUGAUCACGUUCAUCGUCAUUGUGGGGUGGAUAUGGAGUAUACUGUGGGGAAUGAACUUCGUCCAAUUUGCACUAGCUAAAGGAGAGGAAAACAAACGUAAACUUGGUCCAUACUAUGUAAGGAGGCAGAGCAGUGUUGACGUACCAUGACCAGUCAACCAUUGUGUUCUGACAAACUCCUGCAUAUUCAUUUAAAACUGAAAUAUGUACAUCUAUAAUCCAUCGCCAGAUACGGAAGUAUCAAGUUUAGCUGAGAUGCAGCGAAAUUAAGGAAUAAAUUGAACAUGCAAUGUACUUCUGAGAACUUUGCUAGUAUUGAAAACGUGAUUAAUUUUGAGUGAGAGAAUCAAAGAAUGGUUAUGUGUUCGUCAAGAUGCAUUCUGUAAACUGAAGAUUGUAUAAGUGUGAUUGAAGUACUAGCUCUCAGCAACGAGUUUGAAACGAUAAAUUGUACCAGUAUGACUCAUAUGAAAUAUAAAACUUCCGAAAAAUCAUUAACAAAACGCAAUGGUACCUUACAUCUAUACCACUCCCUUUCUCGUCAAUAUCGCUGGUUAUGACCUAAGUGCUGAGUUAAUGAAUGGUAUGCAUGCGUACAAACGAACACAAAUGUGCAUAUUAUGGCUGCGACAACUGCAUAUUUACAUUGCAUAAUGCAUAUAUUGCAUAUUGUAAAAAAAAACAUAUUUCAAAAGGUUUUACGCAUGAUUGUGAUAAAUCCUGAAUUCACAAUAUAUUGUAUUAGGCUGAUAAUGUGCUGUAAAUGUGUAUAUCUACGACAUGGAGACUUUUAAGUGGAUUUUCUUCAAAUGUUUGGCGCUAAUCUAAUGAAUACCCAAGGGAAUGGAAUACCACAGCCCUGCGUACUGGCUAAGGGUUCCUUUAAGGUCGAGAAGAAAUAUAUCAGCGGGGAUUAAUAUGUUUUGUAUUUUUUUCUGUUAAUUUCUGUCUAAAUAUAUCUGUUAUGUAAACCAUCGUUAACUGUACACGUUUCAUACACCUUUACCCGUAGAGAACACACUGAUUUUUAUGUUACAUAAUGUGAGUAAAGCAAUUCAUUCAUGCCGAUAAUACGAAAGAAAAUACAGUUUUAUUCUAAAUCGCCACAUCCUCUUAUCAUCUGGAGAUGUUUUAAGGUUUAUUUCUGGUAUUUGCACAUAAUCGGAAGCAGGAUGUAGCUAAGACUGACGUAAACUUGAUAUGACGUGUAACCUAACAGUGUGUAUCUCAUCACCUUAUAACAUAAGUACAUACGCCAGACAUGUUUGUACUUAAUGCCAGCAUUCCAUUUGUGUUCUCUUAUCUGAUUAGCUAUUUUUUUUACUGUGACGUCACGUUUCAAAACUGUCAUUUGCAUCGUAGGGCUGCUUCGUCAGUCUAAAUUUCCCGAGCAUAAUUUGAUAACUUAUUUAUUCAAUUAACAUUUAUUAAGUAAAGAUUUGACUACCCGAUUGCAUGUAGGUUGUUUUAGUGUUUUCCUCUCGUGUCGUGAUGAAGAAUCAUGUGAUUUUUCUUGUAGACCUUUUCGUUUAUUACCUAUUUUUACGAAGCAAUGGCAUCAGAAAUUGUUACUAUCACCGAAAUCUAAAAUUAUGUAUCUUCCACAAGUGCUCAAUAUUAAGUAUAUGGAAAAAAAUAUGCUAAACACAAAUAUAUAGAGAGAGAGCUUAUCUUAUAUAUAAAAUAGAUAAAUGAAUUGGCACCCUUUUAAAUCGUAUCCACCAAGCAUAAAAAAUCAACGGAAGAGAAAUUUUAUGUCUUUUUUAUCCCUGGAAACAGGUGAGGAAUGUUGUAUUAUCAAAAGCGGCAGGUGCUGUUUCUGAUGAAAGAAAUGGAGAAGGGAAUGGUCAACAUCAUUCAGGAAUAUCUUGAGUUGUUUGCAAUAAAAACAUAAAGGAAAAGGAACAGCAUAUAUAUAUGUACUGCCCUGAUAGUGUAUAAUGUUUACCAAUACCGGAAGUGAGUAUGCGGGAGAGAUACGGUCGUGUUAGCCGUUAAUUUGUAGCCACGUAUAAAUACAGAUGUAUACUACUUCAUGUAUCUACUGAGUUCAUCCAUUUUCUAUCAAACAGAACAACUCAUGUUUAUUAACAACAUCAUGUUAACGUAGUUAAUUGAACGGACAUUUAGUAUAUAUAACUCGUACACCUAUCGCUAUAGUGUACAGCAGGUGGAUUAUGCUGUCUGAUUAAAGGGAAACAAAACAAAACACGUAUAAACCAAUAAUAAUUAGGAAAUUUUAUCAAUCCAUUCAGAUGUGAAUAUUGACGUGCAUGCAAUGGGUUACAGUGACAUAUUGUUUGCAAAAUAUGGGCAAUGUGAUUAAAAUUAGACUUGUACAUUUCACUCCUCUACGGAAAUUACAAGUCUGAUCUUAAUUACAUUGACUGAUGGUUAACUUAAAGUAGAUUAAGCUCUCUUAUUUCCUGAUUCCUUUUAUACUAAUGAAGCGUCGAUAUCGUAUUUGAAAUGUUGUAUAUAUAAUACCCUACACUGGCAAGGGUUGGGUGUUUACUCAUCACUUUAAAAAAAGAACAAAUCCGGAGAAAAUAUCUCAGGGUAUAAAUUUCCAUUCAUAAAUAAGUAAUACCUGUAAAAGUUAAGUGGUCACCUCGUCUCAUUUUAAACCAUGGUUAUAUGAAAUUCUCUGUUUUGCAUAUAAUAUCUUUAUCCAGACCAAAGUGUGUUUCCUUUCCCAAAGUUAACAUGUCAAACUGUAUUUCAAACAAAGUUUACCAGUUAAAUUUUCUAUUGAUAAGGAUUGUAUUUUCCGAAACGUAUAACGCGAUGCAAGAACGUGACAUCACGUAUUACAUUACCAGCACAUCAAGUUUUAGCUGCCAUUCUGGAAAAGCCGGAGAGAAGAAAAGGUGUCGAACCACGACGUCUGUGACUGCAAAUCUAAAACAUUAAUGAAACUAGCAACAUGGAAGUUUGGUCAAUAUAAGACCGGCACAGUGUUCAUCUGCGAAACUUAGAACAUUUGAAUAUCAUUGGUUUGUCCAUCUUGUUUGGAUUGUUUGUUACGUAAUUUUGGCAGUUUUUUUUUCAGAAUGGGUUGCAGAAGGGUGUUUUUACAUCCUUGCAACGGCUAAGCACUCAAAGGUCAUAAAUCACUCAUAUGACAUGUCAUAUGCUGACAAUUUGGUUCAAGGCUUUGCUGACUGACCCCCCAUUUACCCGUUACAAACUGAACGUCAAACAAAGAGUUUGUCUUUAUAACAGUUAUGAUAAAGGUAAUAUUGGUUUUGCUCAGACGAACAUUGUAUAAAUAGGCAAAAAUCUGAGGUAUUACCAAGAGUCACAUUACAGGAAAAACAGACAGCAAACAAUCAUCCAAAUUGUUGCCAUGGGGCAUUUUAUUUUUCAUGUCCGCAUGUAGAGGAGUGUAAGUCACACAGUAGUCCCAAAUGCCGUCGCCUUAUGCCCUUAUAAAGAACAAUGAUGGUUCGAGUAACCUCAAUUUUAUAAAGCAAUAACAUUAUCAUAUUUAUGUGCAACAAUUGAUCAAGAACAUGAACACUUAAUCUGCUUCGGUAUAUCAAUAUUUAAUAGGAACAAAGCUAAUUGCCUUUGGUUUAUCACGUAAUGUCGUUUUAUUUUAUUUAUAAUAUAACAGAAUGUCUUUCUAUGUAUGGUAUUGUAAUUUUCAAAUGUACAUUCAAUUAUAAAUAUAUUUGUACUUUUGUACUUUAUAGUUUCUAUACUGUGUAUUUUCGAUGGCGAUAUACAUUAUGAAGAAAUAAUAAAAACACAUUUUACUCGCACAUGAAUAAACAGUUUUGGAAUUCCUAGAAUGAUUCGAUGUGUGACAUGUUAAUUCAUGCCUAGGUACUGGUGAAGAGUACUUCAUUUUGAAUUUGUAUUGGCUGUGUAAAUUGGUCAUUUUACCUUUGAAAUGUUGUUAACCGUUGCAUUUUCUUCUUUCAAUAUAAAACUUAAACAUUUCGAACGUUAGUCAUGGUUUAAUUGAAAGGGAAAUAUAUUUAGAUAAAGUGUGAAGGCAAUAAGUUGCAAAAUCGUAGCCCUAGUAAAUUCGGUAUAAUAUAACAGGCUGAGAUUACAUGUCCAUGCAACUUAUUCGUAUGAGGCUUUACUUUUGACGUUAAGAAUAUCAAGUGACCUCUAAAAUAAAACCAUGAAAUGCCAACUCAAAAGAAUCUAAGCCACGAUUUGAGAUUCGAGGAAUUUAAUACACUGUCAAAUACAUUGGAAUAGUUUUCCUCCUGCUUCGAUCAUGAUAUUGUGAUCAUCACAUCACGUCGUGACGAUAUACAGCGCAUGUUUUGAUAACAACAAUUAAUAUAUUUUGAUUACAUAUAAUGAUUGUAGUACAUUAUUUCAAAAAGACAACAUCCACAAAAAAAUAUUUUCAUAAAAUUAAUUCAGUCUUGUACUCUUAGAAGUUUUCAGAGAAAGAGAUUGUGAUAUUUUUGUUAAAAAAACUAUUUUUUCGACACAUUGUGUCUGAAAAUGGAAAUGAACAUCUUUAGUGUGAUUUACCAUAAGAUUUCCUUUUCCCGCCGUACCCAUUACUUCAAUCAUAUUGCUUCAUUAUUAUUUAUUUCAGUAUUGGUAUUUGAUUAUCCGCCUAUUUGUGUACAGUUAAUACAUUUGAAUGUCCUUUUAGAAUGUUAAUUGCUUAAAAUAUUUAAGGUUUGAUUAUUUCAAUAUGAAGAUAUUGGUCGUCCAUGAAAAUGUUAUUGAAUGUAGCUUAAUUUAAAUGUGAAUAAAAAUGAAUACAUGAAACAGAAAA